AUGAAUGGUGCAAAGCGUUCAUUUAAAUUAUCUACUUUCUUAAUUUCUACCGGAAUUCAAUCCUUCGAUGAACUACUUGGAGGUGGUGUUGCUUCACCUAGUAUAAUCCUCAUUGAACCGGAUUUUCAUCAAACUUAUUCAAAACUCCUUUUAAAUUUGUUUACUGCCGAAGGCAUAUUAUCAGGACAUGCUAUAUUCUAUGGUGCCACUGAGACUUUCGAUAAUCUUCUGUGUAAGUUACCAGAUAUUACUACUUCAGGGGAUGAGUCUAAAGAAGAGAUUCCAGACCUCAGGAUUGCUUGGCGUUACCAAAACCUAUCAAAUGUUGAGAACCCCAAGCCACCUAUUUCAAACUUCGGGCAUCAGUUCAACUUAUCUCUACCACUAGGUGCAGUUACUGGAAUAACCGAGAAAAAAAUAUGUAGCUUUUGUUUCCAGCCGAAUAGUAAAAAGCCAUUACAAGUCAAUUUAUCUGAUUUAUCUCAGGAGUUAAUCAAGUUCCAGUCCAGUUCCAAGGUUGCCUCUAGUUUGCAGCGGAUUGUGCUGAACUCUUGUGGAUCUCCUCUAUGGGGUUACUGCAAAGAUACCCAACAAUUUUACAGAACCAUGUUGCAUUUCUUUGCUACAUUACGCCUUAUUGUGCAAAACAGCUCGUGUACAGUGUUUGUCACUUUACCGACAACAAAGCUACCGCCUGGCCUAUUUACGCGUAUAUCGCACUACUGUGAUUAUGUUUUUAGAGUACAAGGUCUAGGUGAUCAAAUAAAAGCGAACCCGGUUUAUUCAGAAUAUGAUGGUCUGUUGGCAGUUAUGCGUAUCCCUUGGAUGCUUGGUGGAAAUACUCUUGAGCCAGCUAUUAGACCAAGCACACUUGAUUGGUGUUUCAAGAUAAAACGCCAUCAAUUAACAAUGCAGCUUCUUCAUCUACCGCCUUGUUUAUCGGAAACUGUCAGCAGAUCCAGCGCAUCGGAAACAAUUUUCAACUGUUCUAAGCUCCAUGAGAAGCAACUGGAUUUUUGA